AUGACUGACGCUGCACAACAGCAAGAACUCGACCAACUCAAAGCAGAAAUCGAUUCCGUAAUGAAAUCAAUCCACGAGUUUGAUGAACAGAUCGAAGAAAGAAACUCAAAGCGUUUACUCCUUAUUGAAAAUCUUCGUGGCCUUCUACCAGAUGAUCAAUUCCAGCGCUUCUCAGAUAUUAUCAACAAGACAGUUGAAGCUGUUCGUCCAGCUCCAGAACCAUCUACACUUCCACCUCUUGAAAUUGAUGAGGAGAAUCCUCUUGAGAGCCUUAGAAAGAUUAGACUUCAGAUUGCUAAAGAGGUUUGUGAAGUUAUGGGAGUUGAAGCCCCAAGCUUAUAA